AUUUGUUUUGCACAUUUAAAUAAACUGGUCAUGACGAAAAACUGAUUGGACCAGAUAUCUGCUUAAAAAGACAGGGAAUAAGAAAGUAUAGCAGAUUCCUCAAUUGACGCACUGAAUUACAUUGAUUUUCAAGCUUUGCACCGGCUAUCGCGAGGCUAGGGAUUGGUUGACCAAGGAUCUUCAUUUUUAAAACAAGGGGUGCGCACACAUACUGUAACAGUGCAGACCGGUAGUAGCUACUAGCAAGUAUUAGCAUGACUGGGAUCACCUAGAGCUGUCAAAACGAUGGCAUCUGAGGGCCAAUUUCAAAAUAGAGGUCAAACUAGGUUUCGCUUCAUCAUGCACGCAUUACUCUUUGGGCUUUCAUUUUAAAGUCGGCUGCCGUGUUUCCUAGAUUGUUCCGCUGAGCAUUCCAGCAUCAUUAUGCAGAGGCUGCCAUGGUUCGUUAAAAAUAUUGUCUUGUUUUGCUGAAAUGCUUAAUGCAUAUUGACCUUAGUUUUUUUGUCUGUUACAAUUUUCAUAACAAAACAAUGCUCAGGAAAAAUAGCUUUAUCGUGUUUAAAAACAGCAAAGUCAAUGUGAGUGUUAUGUCCUCUGGUCUUAUGUUGACUACUUUUUGGGUUUAAUUUCUUUCUAAGAUUGUACAUUGUUCAUCCGUCCACAGGAUGUCGCUAUUCUAACUCAGAAUCUUAAGUUUUUCUUUGGUAUUGCUGUUUGCGCUCGGCUUCCCCUAGUGGCGACUUGCUGUAAGCAGCAGGCAGAAAGAACUUUUUAUUUCAGUUGGAAAAGAGGCCUUGAGGUGUUAAGACGUUACACACCUCCUCUGCACCAUACAUCGUUGGGAACCCUUGACAAAACAAAAUCUUUUUAUCACACACACACACGCACACACGUUGACACAAAGAAAUAAAUGAGAGGAAGGAGUUCGGGCCUCCAAGUUUCUUUGUCGGUUUAGCUCGCUGCCAAAGUCGAGUAGCCAUACGCUCGGCUGAGGGCAGAAGAGUAAAAAGAUUUUCAACACAUCAAGCACCCAAGAUGUCUCAGCAAGAAGUUUCACCACCUAUCAGCCAAGUGGUCACCAGGUCGGAGGCCAGUCAUUCUCAUUCUUCACGCCGGUCCAGAACGAGUCAAGCUGCUGCACAAGCACGAGCAGACGCCGAAGCUGCCUACGCCAGAGCACGGUACGCCAAACGCCAAAUCGACAUGGAGGUCGAGAAGGCACGCAUCGAGGCAACACUACACGCUCUGAAGACGGAAGGUGAAGCAGAAGCAGCGCUCGCCGCAGCUAAAGUUUGGGAGGCGACUUUCGAAGAAGAGGAGCGCGCCAAAGUCGACCUCAGCGAGCAAGGGGUAUUUUCCAAGACACCCCCCUCCAUCAGGCGUGCACAAGAGUAUGUGCAUGCUCACUUUGACGACCAGCGUGUCCAAGCAGAUGGCACACAAACGCCAAACAAUGAGCACCUGGUUAGGCACAAUGACUCUCAACAACCAGAAAAUAGCCCAAAAUCAGCUGGUGCUUUUCCACAUGUGCGUCACAUCGACAUCGCUGACGAAGAGCAUCUCCAAUCUCAUCGUGCGAGAACGGACAUCUCACACCAGCCUACACCUUCAGCAACCCCACAAAGUGAACUGUCCAAUUUAGCAGCCUAUCUAGCACGGCGUGAUCUGCUGACAUCGGGGUUCAAGGUUUUCGACAACCGGCCAGAGUCCUACCUGUCCUGGAAGUCCAUGUUCUGCAACGCGACGGAAGGCCUCAAUCUCAAGCCCAGCGAAGAGCUCGACCUUCUCACCAAGUGGCUCGGCGGGGAGUCUCUUCAACACGCUCAGAGGAUCAGGGCGGUCCACGUGAGUAAUCCACAGGCAGGUCUCCAACGUCUGUGGCAGCGGCUAGACAAGACUUAUGGCUCUCCAGAGGUAAUUGAAUCCUCACUCUUCCAACGGUUGCAGACUUUUCCAAGAAUCUCCAACAAAGACACUCACUUACUGCAGGAGCUUGCUGAUCUUCUGUUAGAGCUAUCGUAUGCCAAAAGUGAAAGUUAUUUGCCGGGUCUUAGCUUUCUCGACACACCAAGGGGCAUAAACCCGAUAGUUGAAAAACUCCCAUAUGGACUCCAGGAGUCAUGGGUUACACAAGGUACCAAAUACAAAAGGGAAAACGGUGCAGUCUAUCCACCUUUUUCGUAUUUUGUGCGGUUCGUAAAUGACUACGCUGAAAUGAGAACAGACCCUAGCUUUAUGUUACAGUGUUCAAACGUAAUAAAUCCAAGGGUUGAUAAGACAUCAGUAAGACGAGACAAAUACAGAGUUCCAUUGGCGGUGAAUAAAAUAGAGAUCAGUCCGGCUAAAUUGACAGCACUCGAUCCAGACAAACAAUGUCCUAUCCACCAAAAACCACAUUCACUCGUCAAAUGCAGGGGGUUUAGAAUGAAAACACUAGACGAAAGAAAGAACAUUCUCAAAGAGCACGCCAUUUGUUUUAAAUGUUGUGCGUCCACAAAUCACAGGGCUCGAGACUGUAAAGCUAUUAUCCAAUGCUCAGAAUGUGAUAGCGAUGCUCAUGUGUCUGCCAUGCAUGUCGGUCCACCUCCAUGGACACCUCAAGACUUUAAUCCCCCAACCCAGAGUCACGGCGGGGAGUCUGAGGGCCCAAAUCCUGUGAACACAGCCAGUUGCACAGAAGUAUGUGGGCAAGGCGUAAAAGGAAAAUCAUGCUCAAAGAUCUGUUUAGUUAAUGUAUAUCGCCGAACUUCUCCAGAAAAGAAAAGGAGGGUAUAUGCCAUGUUGGAUGAUCAGAGCAAUUCAUCCUUAGCCAGAUCUGCGUUUUUUGACAUGUUUAAUGUGCAAGGUACCAUAUUCCCAUACACCAUGAGAACAUGUGCAGGUUUAUCAGAGACACAAGGUCGUAAAGCUGAUGGCUUUGUUGUAGAAGAUGUAGAUGGUAAGGUCUCCAUGAUGCUGCCUACAAUAACAGAAUGUGAUCAGAUUCCAGAUAAUAGAGACGAAAUUCCCAGCCCUGAGGUAGCAGCAGCUCACCCUCAUUUGCGAUCAAUCGCUUCACAGAUUCCUCCUCUCGACCCAUCGGCAGACAUUCUUCUGCUCCUGGGAAGGGACAUCAUUCAGGCUCAUAAAGUUCGUGGUCAGGAGCCUUUCCAACCGAAGAUCGUGCUGUAGGCAUGCAAGGUCUUGACAUUGGGCAGACUACCCCACCAAUGCAGCGCAGUUUGGGCUUAGGAUGGGAGCUGUUGACUGACCAAUUCAAGUUCCAAGUAAGAGUAAAUGAAAGGCCGUUCACAAAAAGGGGAGUUCU